CUUGGCCUGGCACACUUCAUCAUAUGAAGGACUUAAUUACAACAGAUUUGGAAUUGUGGGAUCGGAAACAAAGAUCAGAAAACACAGUCUAAGAGGGAGUCCAUUCAUUCAUCAAAUAGAAUGGAUCGAAGGGAACAGACAGUGACAAGAACAAGAAAGAACGAAGAGUGACAGGGCCACAAUUUGCAUUUCACAUGGGAAUAGGGACUGACUGCCGUGAUGGCCACAAGACAAAAACACAUUUAACUCGAUCAUCUCAAAUUUGAUUGUCUCUGCUUGUUAAUUAUAUACAGCCAGGUCCAACAGCCUAUAUAAGCCAGCCCCAACUUCCAACUCCUGCAACCUGAAGGAGGAGGCUACCUUAUCACUUUCCCUUGUCAUCUCUACUAGCUUGUAGCCAUGACAGUGGAAAACAGAGUGGCCAUUCUUCUGUGCAUGGUGGUGCUGCAUUGUUUGGUCAUCCAAGCCCAGGUGGUGACGCGAAGGUUCUUAUUGGUGGUGCAGGGAAGGAUUUCUCUGGCUCCCACUGCCCAACCGGGAAAUCCUCUCGGCCCAACUCCUCAGCCGAUCAAAUUCCCCAUGUAUGGAGCCACACCAGGGAGCCUCCAACCUCAAGAAUGCUCGGGCCGCUGCGCCGGUCGGUGCUCCGCCACCGCCUACAAGAAGCCCUGCAUGUUCUUCUGCCAGAAGUGCUGCGCCAAGUGCCUCUGCGUGCCGCCCGGGACGUAUGGCAACAAGCAAGUCUGCCCCUGCUACAACAACUGGAAGACGAAGAGAGGCGGUCCCAAGUGCCCCUGAGAUGACAUAUGCCCGAAUGCUGUGCACCCACUGCUUCUGAGUCUGUAUGUGCUUUGCAUGCCUCCGUGGGUAAUAAAGGUGGCUUUGAGA